CCUCGCAACUGUUGACCUCUUUUUUUCUUUUUCCCCCUCCUCUCUCGCGCCAUCCUUGUGCUCGCUCCUUUGUGCUUCCGAACAACCGGGGGGAUUUUGAUUUCUCUUGAUGCACGCGGCACUUGGUUGUCGGGCAGCAUGCAAGAGGACCGGCAAGGAAAGAUGUCUGAUUGCGACCUUUUCGAAACAAGCUCGUCCUUGUCAUUCUUUGCCCGUGGCGCCUCGGGGAGCCGGUGUUGAUGUCAACUAUGCAUCUGCGCGGGGUUUGAGCGCUGCAAUUCGUCCAAAAUAUUUCUGUCAGCGACCGCGACGGGCAUGCGGCGAUAACAGAUACUUUUCUGCAUCGACCGCACAACAGUACGGCGCAUUUACUGGACAAGACUCGACUAUAUUCGCUCUGUCUACUGCUCCGGGCGCUGCUGCCAUUGCCGUGGUUAGAGUAUCUGGCCCCGCAUGUCGAGAGAUAUACCGCCAAUUAUGUCCCGGACGACCAAUACCCAAGCCCCGAGUCGCUGCGCUGCGUACAUUAUACGACCCUUCCGCCGGCGGCGCGCACGCAGACCAUGUCAUUGACUCCGGCGCACUGGUACUCUACUUUCCUGCGCCCAACACCGUGACGGGCGAAGAUGUCUUGGAACUACAUAUACACGGCGGGCCGGCCGUAGUCAAAGCCAUACUGGCAGCUAUACCCAAAUGCGCGGAAUCAAGACCAAGUUCAUUACAAUCUACGGGUGACCGACAACAACGACAAUCAUCAUCUCCUAUUCGAUACGCUGAGCCCGGAGAAUUUACACGACGCGCGUUUCUAAACGACCGGCUAGAUUUGACGCAGAUUGAAGCACUAGGCGACACGCUCGCGGCCGUGACAGAGCAGCAGCGACGGCUGUCAGUGCGGGGCACGACGAGCGGGCUUUCGAAGCGGUACGAGUCAUGGCGACAACAACUGCUGUAUGCGCGUGGGGAGCUCGAAGCGCUCAUUGACUUUUCAGAAGACCAGCACUUUGACGAGUCGCCCGCGGCGCUUGCUGCGUCUGUCGCCGUGCAAGUCAACGCGCUGAAACAGCAGAUCGAGGCGCACAGUAUAAACGCCGUACGAGGCGAGUUGCUCCGUAACGGAAUCAGCAUUUCGCUCCUCGGCGCGCCGAAUGCAGGGAAGAGCUCCCUGCUGAAUCGCAUCGUCGGGAGAGAAGCCGCGAUUGUGAGCACCGAAGAGGGCACGACGCGCGAUAUCGUCGAAGCGGGCGUUGAUAUCCGCGGAUGGUAUUGUCGCUUUGGCGAUACUGCUGGUCUCAGAAGAGAUGAUUUGUCUUCCAGCCUCCUUUCACAACCUUCACAACCUUCUUCCUCUCCUUCUUCCUCUCCUUCUUCCUCUCCUUCUUCCUCUCCCUCUUCCGCUUCGGCUUCGGCUUCGGCUUCCGUACCGCCAAGCCGCGACGCUGUAGGCAAAGUCGAGCUCGAGGGAAUCCGCCGUGCCAAAGAGCGCGCAAUGCAAUCGGACGUAGUGAUUAUCGUCAUGUCCGUGGAGCCUCGUCAAACUUCCUCCUCUCCCUCUUCCCCCAUUUCCUCCUCGCCGUCGUCGCCGUCGUUCGAGUUACGCGCCGAACCCGACGUCGUCGAAACAGCGACCAAACUCGCCGCUCUGCACGACAACGUCAUCAUCGUGAUCAACAAAGUCGACCAACUUGUCCAUUCUCCCACCGAUGGCGAUGGCGAUGGCGAUCAGUCUCGCGUUCUAGACAGCAUUGAGCGCUCCGUCAAGGACCUGCUGCCCGCCAUCCCGUCCGACCGCAUCUUUUAUGUCUCUUGUAAAUCGGCCGAGGAUGCUUCCCUUUCCCCUCCCCCUUUCCCUUCUCCUUCUCCUCCUACUCCUCCUCCUUUCCCUUCUUCUCUUUCUUCCUCAUCACUACUACCAUCAUCAUCAUCAUCAUCAUCAUCUUCUUCUUCUUCUUUUGAAAGGAGCCAAGACCGAAGCAGUCCGCAGGGAAACCAAGAACCUCGUCUACAAGAAAUCCCAGAUCCAGGACUACAAGGAACCCAAGAACCUCGGCUCCACAGAACCCAAGAUCCAGGCGGCGUGCAAACGUUUCUCAACGGGCUCGUCGCGCAUUUCGAGAAGAUGACGACGGCGUUCGUGCCGGAGUUGCCGAAGGUGCCGGGCCAGCAGCAGGUCGUGGAUGCGUCAGUGUGGGAAGAAUCGCUGGGCGCAACGGAGCGGCAGCGUCUCUUGCUGAACGAGUGUGCGAUGUACCUUGAUGGGUUUCUUGCCGAAGUGUCGAUCCCGUCGUCGUCGUCGUCGUCGUCGUCGGUGCGGAACGAGGGCGUGCAUCAUGAUCAGAGUCAUGACAAUGGUAAUGACAAAACCGAUGGUAAUAAUGGUAAUGAUAAAAAUGAUGAGAAUGAUGAAAAAGGGGAUACGGCAGAUAGUCUGGACAUUGUGGUGGCAGCAGAAAGUCUACGCGCCGCGGCAGAUUGUCUGGCGAAAAUCACGGGCAAGGGGGAAGCUGGCGACGUGGAGGAAGUGCUGGGAGUUGUAUUUGAAAAGUAAGUGUUUCUAUAACGCAAAGCAAAAUUGGUUAUGGGGAGAACUGUCUAACGAUUGGAAAUUAAAAAACAAAAAAGGUUUUGCGUAGGCAAAUGAAAUCAACUGAACCGAAAUGAAAAAAAAAGGACGAAACAAAACCAAACAAAACAAAACAAAACGGCC